CGGAUGCGCCGCCCGAGCGCCAGACGCGGAGCUGGGAAAAGGGAGGCAGAGGAGGCGGAGGCGGAGGCAGACCCGGGCGCCGAGACCGACCGACAGACCGGCGAGGCUGGGCCACGCAGACCCGGCCCAGCGAGUCCCCCCCCCGCGACCCGAGCAAGGUCCCCGAGAGACGGCCUCGGACUGGCUUGGGAGCCAGAGGCACCAGAGCAGAUCCCGAAUCAGGCUUUCCUGGGCUUCCGACGAGGGCUGGCCCUUUGGAAGGUGCCUUCUUCAACAGCAGGACCAGGCAGGCCACCAUGACCGAGAACUCCACAUCCACCCCUGCGGCCAAGCCCAAGAGGGCCAAGGCCUCCAAGAAGUCCACAGACCACCCCAAGUAUUCAGACAUGAUCGUGGCUGCCAUCCAGGCGGAGAAGAACCGUGCUGGCUCUUCGCGCCAGUCCAUCCAGAAGUACAUUAAGAGCCACUACAAGGUGGGUGAGAACGCCGACUCCCAGAUCAAGUUGUCCAUCAAGCGCUUGGUCACCACUGGGGUCCUCAAACAGACCAAAGGCGUGGGUGCCUCGGGGUCUUUCCGGCUGGCCAAGAGCGACGAGCCCAAGAGGUCAGUGGCUUUCAAGAAGACGAAGAAGGAAGUCAAGAAGGUGGCCACGCCAAAGAAGGCCGCCAAGCCCAAGAAGGCUGCCUCGAAAGCCCCAAGCAAGAAGCCCAAAGCCACCCCAGUCAAGAAGGCCAAGAAGAAGCCGGCUGCCACGCCCAGGAAAACCAAAAGACCCAAGACUGUCAAAGCCAAGCCAGUCAAGGCAUCCAAGCCUAAGAAGGCCAAACCCGUGAAGCCCAAAGCCAAGUCCAGUGCCAAGAGGGCCGGCAAGAAGAAGUGACAACGAGGCUCUCCUUGUGGACACUCCUGCCUGUCUCCUAUUUUCUGUAAAUACUUUUCUCCUUUCUUCUCUCUUGAUCCUCAUCUGCAGCCCUUUGCCCCCUUUCCUUCUGACUUUAUAAAGAGACAGUUUGUAUUCCUCAGAAAUUAGGGAAUAAUUCAUUUCUCCUUAACCAAUCAUGCCAGGACAGCAACAACAAAUCUCAUCUCUGUAAUGAUGAGAAUGUACUUAUAUUUUGUUUUGUUGAUUUGUUACUAAUAUGCUUAUGGGUUUGGGGAUUUGGGUGGGUUUGUGUGUUUUGUUUAGUUAGAUGGCUGGUUCACUCUGAAGGUCAAAGUCGUGGGGAGGGGGAGAAUGGGCGAGGCAGCUUCUUGAGGCUAGAUGACAGCGAGCCCAGGAAUUGUAAGGUUUGUAGGAAUACCUGUGAGGCCAUCGAGUUUUCUUUAAGUUGAGCACUGCUUGUGAGAGUUUCAGAACCUAGGCGCGGAGGAGAGGGGUGGCAGCAGCUGGACGGCAGAGGAGGGAGGUGGAAAAAAUACUCUCUCUAGGCUGGCUUCCACCUCCCGGUGGUG